UGGACGUAACUUCUCCCCUUUCAUCUGGAGCAACUUUUCCCCACGACAUUGACCUUUGCACUCGGGAUGAGUGGAUUGGUGGCAAAGAUGGACCCUCGCAGGAUACAGUGGGGAUCAGCUUGGAACACUUUUACUUCCCGUGUUCUCAGGACCAAACCUGUGGAGUCCAUGCUGGAUUCGUCCAUAUCAGGCACUGGUGCCCAUGGUACCAGACUAGCACGGGUGCUGUCUACUGUGGAUCUAGUGUCGCUGGGUGUAGGAAGCUGCGUUGGCACCGGGAUGUACGUGGUGUCUGGGCUGGUUGCCAAGGAGAUGGCCGGCCCAGGGGUCAUCGUGUCCUUCAUUAUUGCCGCUGUGGCCUCGAUUCUUUCAGGGGUGUGUUAUGCAGAGUUUGGCGUGCGUGUGCCUAAGACCACGGGUUCGGCCUACACUUAUAGCUACGUGACUGUGGGAGAGUGCGUGGCAUUUUUCAUCGGGUGGAAUUUGAUCCUGGAGUAUCUGAUCGGCACAGCAGCGGGGGCUUCAGCUCUCAGCAGCAUGGCCGACUCACUGGCCAAUCAUAGUAUUAGCAACUUCAUGAUUUCACACGUCGGAGCACUCAAUGGCUUGGGUAAAGGGGAGCAGUCAUACCCAGACCUGCUGGCGCUGCUGAUAGCGUUGUUGGUGACGGUGAUUGUGGCUUUGGGAGUGAAGAACUCUGUGGGCUUCAACAACGCACUGAACGUCAUCAACCUCAUUGUGUGGGUGUUCAUGAUGAUCGCUGGCUUAUUUUUCGUCAACGGCGAGAACUGGGAUGAGGGUAGUUUCCUGCCAUACGGAUGGUCGGGGGUGAUGCAGGGUGCGGCCACUUGUUUCUAUGCCUUCAUUGGCUUUGACAUCAUAGCUACAACAGGAGAAGAGGCCAAAAGUCCCAACACCUCCAUCCCUUACGCCAUCACUGCCUCGCUCAUCACCUGCCUCACUGCCUACGUCUCCGUUUCCGUGAUCCUGACCUUGAUGGUGCCGUACACUGAGAUUGACGCGGACGCCCCGCUGAUGGAAAUGUUUGCCAUUCACGGCUGCAUGUUUGCAAAGUACAUCGUGGCGGUGGGCUCCAUAGCUGGACUCACUGUGUCUCUCCUGGGCUCUCUAUUCCCCAUGCCCCGGGUCAUCUAUGCUAUGGCCGGAGACGGCCUGCUGUUUAAGUUCCUGGCCCACGUCUCUUCCUACACAGAAACCCCUGCAGUGGCAUGUGUGGUGUCGGGCUUCCUGGCUGCUCUGCUGUCCCUCCUGGUCAGCCUCAGAGACCUCAUAGAGAUGAUGUCCAUAGGAACCCUUCUGGCCUAUACUCUGGUCAGUUUGUGUGUCCUGCUGCUACGUUACCAACCUGAGAGCGACAUCCACGGCUUUGUGAAUUUCCUCUCUGAGGAGCAGAAUAAGAAGAGGAAGGAAGGUGUUCUGGCCGAAUGCGAGAAAGAUGCAUGCUCGCCAACCAGUGAAGCUGAUGAUUUCGGUGGUCCAAACACAAACACCUGUGGAGCCAAAAACCUGCCAUCUCUGGGUGACAAUGAGAUGCUUAUUGGCAAACCGGAUAAAACUGCCUACAGUGCUAGCCACCCAAAUUACGGCACGGUCGAUAUGACCACUGGGAUUGAAGCUGAGGAGUCAGAAGGCGGGAUAUCACGUCGAUUAAAGAAGCUGAUUGGACCGCGCUACUACACACUGAGGAUUCGGUUGGGCCUCCCAGGAAAGAUGGACAGGCCAACUUCAGCCACGGGGAAAACCGUCACUGUGUGUGUGCUGCUCCUGUUCAUCUUCAUCUUUGCUUUCUGCUCCUUUAUUAUUUUUGGUGCAAGCAUUAUCGGGGAGGGUCGCUGGUGGGCCUUGCUGCUGUUAAUCGUCUUCAUUAUUGUCAUCGCUCUGCUCAUCAUCAUCAUCCUCCAACAGCCAGAGAACCCUAAGCGGCUGCCCUACAUGGCUCCCUGUGUGCCCUUUGUACCUGCUUCAGCUAUGCUAGUCAACAUCUACCUCAUGCUUAAACUGUCUGCCAUCACCUGGAUACGAUUUUCUAUCUGGUGCUUCGUUGGUGUGCUUAUCUACUUUGGUUAUGGCAUGUGGAACAGUACGCUGGAAAUCGCAGCCCGCGAGAACGAGGUGCAUGCCUCCACUUACCAGCGCUAUGACCAAGGCGUGGACGAAGGCUUCUGUGGCUUUGAUGAUGAUUUCUACCCACCUACCAAUGAUCCAUGGAGUGUCCCUGAUGGGGAAUCGGGACACACCCCGGCCCCUGUAGCAAAACCUGAAAGUGACGGGACGCCGUUGAAAGGUGGAGGCAGGACCAGUGCCAGUCACGGCCUUGUGGAGGAGGAUCCACUGGAUUUCUGAACGGACUGACUUUGUGUUACCCCAAAUGUACUUACUGCCUUGUCUGCUGCCUGGAGAAAGAGAAGGGAACAGUUGUGUGAGGGUAUGAGUGUUUGUGUUUGUGUGUGUGUGUGUGUGUGUGUGUGUGUGUGUGUGUGUGUGUGUGUGUGUGUGUGUGUGUGUGUGUGUGUGUGUGUGUCUGAACCUUGGGCUAGAUUGUUUCUUUUGUCUCUAAACUAUAUCUGCUGUGUUCACUUCUCCCUCUAAUGCUGCAAAUGUGGACAUCAAGGACAUUUGUGUAUCAUCACAGACACGUUAUUCACUUACCAGAAUCCAAAUCUGACAUAAAGCUAAGGGACAGAUUGGAAAAUGCACACGUAGCUGGGGAUUAUGCAGAAAUGUGAAACAUACAAGUUUUGGUCCUAAAUAUUUAGUUAACUGUUGGUACUGUGCCAUUUAUGGGACACAAGAGAUGGAAAUGACUGAGGGGGAGAUGAAUCAGCGCCUCUUUUCCGGUUUAAUAGUCAGUCAGGAAAGUAGGCUGACAAUUCACCGUAGACGACGCAUUCUGUCUUUCACCAUAACAGCGGCCAUUCAGUGCUAGAAGAGAAACAAAC